AUGUCUCGCCGCCACAUCGGGUAUUCUGGUAUCUACGGAAAGGGCGACCAGGCUAACUAUCGCCGAGACGACAUUGCCAACGAAGCACAGCACCAUAAGAUUAAUGCCCAAGGCUUCAGAACUAAGGAUCAAAACGAGGCAAUGACCAACAUGAUUGAGGAACACAUGCAAGAUGGCGUUGCAGAGCGUUAUAAGCAUGAUCCAACAUACAGCGCCACGAUGCACGGACAUAAGCCUUCGCGCGGCGCGAAAACCGACGCAGAUAUCCAACGGGAGGAGGAAGAGAUAAUAAACAGGAAGAAGGAGAAGACCGAUAGUCUGCCGGGGAAGAAGCUCUAG